AGAUCCAAACUACCCACUGCCUGCGCGCGCAAAAAAGGCUCCCAGAGAUUGCGGUUAAUUAAAAAAAAAUGUCUGUAGAAGUUUCCUAAUGGCCAAAUUGAGCUUUACCAGUCGUCGUUUACCAUCUUCAAGGAUUUAAAAGCAUUUUAACAGGUGUUCGACACCUUUACAACCGAUCGGCGCAUCACGAGACAUCUGACAAUGACGGAAAACAGCGAGAUGGAGAGCGAACCGCAGCUUCAGCGCUCGCCGAGUACAAUGUCCAUCCAGCCGGUAACGUCCAAGCUCCAGCGCCUGAAGCGCUCCCUCUCCUUCAAGACGUUGAUGCGCAGUAAGAGCGUGGAGAACUUCUUCCAGCGCUCGUACAGCGAUGCCCGUCUCCCCCCGGACUUCCUCAACGACCCCCUGCCCCCCUCUCCGCCCCUGGCCCCUGGCUCCCCACUCGCCAACGAGCGCUCGCCUUCUAUAUCUCCAUCCCUAAGCCCCAACCCCUCCCUCUGCUCCCGCUCCCCCUCGCUAUGCCCCUCCCCCUCGCUGCCCGCCAAGCCCACUCUCUCACCACGCCCCCAGGUGAACCAUUGCUUCCAGGACCACGUGUUUCGCAGGCCAACCAACUGCCAACACUGCAAGCACAUGAUUGUGGGAAACUCAAAACAAGGCCUGCGCUGUAAAACCUGCAAGAUAGGAGCUCAUCUGUGGUGUACCUCAGAGUUGUCCCAGCAACCAUGCUAUGGCAAGUCGGGAGCUUUCAAGCGGAACUUCAGUUCGCCCAUGCUCAUCAACGACCAACUUACAGUUGUCCAGGAGGUCCAGCCUACCCAAGAAGCUGGAAGAGCUUGUUUAGACCCUGUGUAUGCCACCCUGCGCUUCGGGACCUCCCUGGCACAGAUGAGCCGUUCCAGUUUUGGGAGUGUGUCAGAGUCACCCACCAAAAGCCUGGGGGAGGGAGGGGAGGAGAGGGAGCAGAGACAGAACAGCAUGGAGGAGGAGCUAUCUCAGGAGGCAGGAGAUAUUCCUCUUCCAGACGAGGAGAAGGCAGAGCUGGAGGAUGGGUGUGCUGUGUCUGUCCACCCUACUGCCGAUGACAACACUGUCAAGGUGCCUAAGCGAAUCGAGGUUCAUUCUAUCCACACUUAUGUAGCACUCUACAAGUUUCUGCCGCAGGAGCAUAAUGACCUGGAACUACAACCUGGUGAUCGAGUACUGGUCACUGAUGACUCUAAUGAGGAGUGGUGGAAGGGGAAAAGUGGAGACAGAGUGGGCUUCUUCCCAGCCAACUUUGUCCAAAGGGUGAGGCCAGGAGAGAGGGUGUGGCGCGUCACCCAGGGUGCCCAGGGCAACAGGGAGAUAGGUCACUUGGCUGUGAAGGAGGAUCAGAUCUGUGUGGGGAAGAGGGAGGACAGCGAGGGCUUCCUGCGGCUGAGCAGCGGUAAGAAGAGAGGUCUGGUCCCGGCCGAGUCUAUCGAGGAGAUCUGAGGCGCUGCGUCCUGACCCGCCCAGCAUGUCCAGGAACACACUCACACACCCUGCGAGACGUCAGGGACCCCCGCACUCCUCCACUGAACAUGACCAAUGGGAGCUCUCAUCACCAUGUGUUUUCCUGCUGUACUUUUGUUUCAGAGUAGAUGUGUCUUUUCCUGUGUUCUUCUCCUAUAGGUUAGAUGAUUAGUGUCGGCAGUUAUGGAGUCCCACUAAUGCUCUCAUGAUGGACUGUUGGUUUUAAAAGCUUGAGGCUUGAUUACACCGGAGCCAAGGGCUCCAUGUCCAGCAGAAGUGACUGAUGUGAGGAGUGGUGGAGGGGUGGAGGUUGGUUGUUGCUAACAGGUUGACUAGCAUUGGUCCGUACUUGGCUCCGCCCACACUGGCUCCUCCCACACUGCUCUCCUCUGCCGUGCCCUCUCUCCUUCGCUCUCGUCUCGGUCCCUCGGCUGGGACUUGGUUUCAUCUUAAUUUAGACGGGCAGAUAACUCUGGCGACAGCGCGAGGACUGGGAGCUCUGGGACUCUGCGGUCAGACUGGAAGCAAGGACACACUCUCCCCUGACCUCAACACUGACGGAUGGACCUUCAGCCCUCAGGCUCUGUCCAGUCACCUGAAUGAACACUUAUACUCCUGCUGCCCAGACAGGAAUUUAUGAUACAAUGUAGAUAAUGUACGUUUCAAACUGGCAAAUAUAAAAUAAAUGAACAUCUGUUUUGCUAUUUUCACUUUAUAGAACCUACUAGGGAAUAUGACAGUGGUGAUGAGUUUAUGUAUAUGCGUUUUGGCUGUGUCAGUGGAAAGUCAACAGUAAAAAUUGUAGUAUAAUAACAGGGCUAUACUGAGAGACAAAUGAUUUGUCAAGAUUUUCUGGUAGAUUUAGCAGAGAGCCACUCAGUGCUGUGGCAGCGCUGGAGUGGGGAGGUGUUGGAAUACUUUUGGCUGGUCUCUGUUGCACCUCAGGAAAAUGAACAUGUGACAGCCGUGUGGAAGACAACGUGGACAGAU